CAGAACACUGCCGAUCAGCUGUGGAAGGCUGAUUGUGUCUGGAGGAAGGGAGGAAUACUACUGACCCUCUGCUGUUUGAUCACACCACAGAAUGCCACAGAACGUAGUCCUCGAGGGGCCGGCUCCAUGGGGAUUCCGGCUCACAGGGGGCAAGGAUUUCAACCAGCCCCUUACCAUCUCCAGGAUCACUCCAGGCAGCAAGGCAUCACUGGCAAACCUUUGUCCUGGCGACAUCAUCCUGGCCAUCGAAGGAGCCCCCGCGGACGGGAUGACACACUGUGAGGCACAGAAUAAGAUCAAGGACUCCACCAGCCAGCUCAGCCUCAAGAUAGAGAGGCCGGAAACCAAACUUUGGUCGCCUCAGGUCACAGAAGAUGGCAAACCCAACCCAUUCAAAAUCAAUUUGGAAGCAGAACAGCAAGAGUUCAAACCAAUCGGUACAGGUCAUAAUAGAAGAGCCCAGCCAUUUGUGGCGGCCGCCAACAUUGACGACAAAAGGCAGGUGGUGAGCUCGACAUACAACACGCCCAUAGGCCUCUACUCCCAAGACAACAUCCAGGAUGCCCUGCAGGGCCAGCUUCGGGGCCUGGUCCACGAAAAGCCAGAGGGCUACUUCAAGCCUCACCGCCCAGUGAAAGCCCCCCAGGUGCCAGGCAUCAUUUCCCCCUCUGACUUACAGCCAGCCCCUAAGCCCUGCCCAAAGGAGGCCCAGGUCCCGAGUGCUCAGUAUAACUCACCUAUAAAGUUGUACUCUGAGGCCAAUAUCAUGAACGCACGGCAGCAGGCUCAGAUGUCCUCUGUAGAUGAACAGCUCCCACCCAGCAGCAGCACGCUCUCCUCCAUUGAGGACUCCCAUGUGUACCGCAUGCUGCAAGACAACCAGGAGGCGCCUCACGAGCCUCGCCAGUCCGGCUCAUUCAAGGCCCUGCAGGAUUACGUGGACAGUGAUGGAACGAGGCCCAUUGGCACCAGAAGUGUGAAAGCCCCAGUGACAAAGCCUCCAGCGCCUGCAGGCAGCCUGCAAAAGCUGCCACUGUGCGACAAGUGCGGAAACGGCAUUGUGGGCACGGUAGUGAAGGCGCGGGACAAGUUCCGCCACCCUGGCUGUUUCGUGUGCUCCGACUGUGACGUCAACCUCAAGCAGAAGGGCUACUUCUUUGUGGAGGGACAGCUUUACUGUGAAACCCACGCACGAGCUAGGAUGAGACCUCCAGAAGGGCAUGACGUUGUCACUGUGUACCCUAAUGCAUAAAACAUACAUACAAGGACAGGCCUGAGACCCCAUAGGGCAAUGACCCCGUCACCUCCUGUCUAAAAUAUCUUUCAUAUGCACUCAGUUUUAGGUUAUAAAAUUGACAAGUAUAUGAUUGAUUAAGGGCUGCUUUUACAGUUGUGCUAAGGGAAUAUUUUGCAUAAAUGAUUAUCUGCUAUUACUUACAGGUGUCAGAGAGCUUGCAGUGAGGAAACUGACAUUGCACACUGACUGACUUACUUGUGAUAUAGCAGUUAGUGUCACAUAGAAGCACCAGAAUAGCUCUGCUGAAGUUGGGAUUUGCUUUGACUAUAAAGCAUGACAGACUCUGCAUUUUUGCCAGAAAAUCUCAAGGGUAGACUCCAGUGGGUGGUAAAAUUCCCAAAUAAGGAUAAUAUCAUCUCUGGAUGAAAUUAUUCAUGCUGUCAACAAACAGUAAAUUGGGGGAAAUGAGCCCUGAGAGAUCUUACAUACGGAAGUGGUUAUGUUAUCAAUAUUAGAAUAUCCUUACUAAGAAACAUAAUAUUAAAUAUUUCAAAUGUUAUGAGAAGUGUUGUCUUCCUAUCUGUAUGUUCAGUCACUAGUCACUAUGCCAAAUGUUUUAUUUCAAUGGACAGACAGUUUUUGUAGACAAAACAAACACUGCUAAUUUUAGUUGACAUGUAACAUUUGUUCUAAAAAGGCUUACUUACAUGUAGAUGUUGCUUUUAUUUUUGGUUGUCAAAGCUUUUUUAUGCAGUGUAAUAUAGAUUUGUUGUGAUAUAAAUCCAAAUCCAAAUCCAAAGACAUGUUGACUACAUCAAUGGAUGUAAUCUUUUUUCAGCGAUACCAAGUCAAACAUUAGCUCACAGCUGCCAGACACAAUUACAUUUUAGCAGUUUUGUCUUUGAACAUUAUUAUGAUCCUUGGCUAGUACAUACUGACAACAUUUUCACUGAAUAUCACCAGUAAAGAUCUCAUCUCUGCAUUCCCUGUAAUAAAGCUUGUUUUGCCAAA